AUCAACUAAGUUUCUUCACUCUCCACUUCACAGUAUCAACUUUAUUCUAAACAAUUAGAAAGAACAAAUUAUACAUGUUUCCACAAACAUAAAGAAUAUUAGUUGUUUAAGGAAGAUAUAUUAUUUAGAAUAUUAAAUAUACUGGGAAAGUAGUUAUAUGUGUGUAGGCGGGUACCCAUGGGGCGGGUUUACCUAAACCCAAACCCAACCCGGUGAAUAGUGUAGCGUGUUUAAACCCAAACCCGGCCCAAAACCCGUCAACAUGGGUUUUACCCGCGUUGACCGGGUUGGGUCGGGUGGGUACCCGUGGGUUCGGGUUUUGUUGCCAUCUCUAACUAGGGGGACUCAUUCCCGGGUGACUCUUCCUUUGCUUUAGAAAACCAAAUCAUUUCCUGCUUUCUUUCUGCUUUUAGUUAAAACAACAAUCAAUCGACUUAGUUGGCUAGAAAAUAGAUAAUCACGGAGUAGGCAGUAGAUCUAGACCCCGGGUUGAUAAUUAGAACUUGCCACUAUUCUACAUUUCCGGAAUGCGAUUACACUUGGUCGCAGUUUGGUGUUGUGUCGUAGCGUGUCAAGUUUUUGGCGCCGUUGCCGGGGUACCCUCUAGGUUAUUGGGGAAACGUGAAAGUUUGUUACUCUAGCUUUUUCUUUACUGCAUUUUCUCUCUUCCACCUGUGUGCCUUCACGGGUUGCUUCUGCUGAUUGUGUGCAGGUAGUGCAUGACCCGUAGCCAGUCGGGAGAUCUACUACCAUUAGACCAGGAGCUUGAACGAACCUGCAGGAACUUCAAGCGGGCUCUAAAGGCACGACUGACUGUGGAGGAGGCGCUAGCACAGCUGCAAAUCGCCGACGAAGAAGAGAUGGGUGAUCCACAGGACCAUGAUGUGGUCCUUCCCGAGGAGCAGACCAUGGGAUACUACUGGACCGCUAGGGCCGCGAAUAUGAGGUCGCCCAUUCAACACCCUCAUAUGCCAGUAAAUAAUUUUGAGGUGAGCACCUCUGUCAUAACCAUGCUGUGCGGUUCGGUGGUGUUCCGUGGCAAAGAGGGGGAGUGUCCCCGAUCACAUCUGAGGCGAUUCCACGAGCUCAUCGAUGGAAUCAAGAUAAAUGGGGUCCCAGCCGAUGCCAUCCAGCUGAGGUACUUCCCAUUUACUCUGGAAGGGCAGGCCAAGGAGUGGCUAGACACUCGACCUCCAGGAUCUAUCACCACGUUCGCCAACCUGGCGGACAAGUUCCUCACUCGCUACCAUCCCCUGUCCAAGACGGCAGACCUAUAGAAGCAAAUUACCCGUUUUGCUCAGGAUGAAGACGAGACCAUCUGAGAUGCCUGGGAGAGAUACACCAGUCUCUUUCUCAAGUGUCCCAACCAUGGUUUUACUGAUGCCUUCAAGGUGGGAACCUUCUACCAUGCCCUCUUCCCGGAGGACAAGCAGCUGAUUGAUUCGGUAUGUGACGGGAAUAUGCUCACCAAAACAAGGUGAAUAAACUUUUUGUGGAGAU